ACCCGGUGGCGUUCUCGAAGCUUGGCUCUAGUAAACUAACCGAUGGGAGAGGGCUCCCCAGCGUUCUUCUAGGGUUCGUGGAUCGAGGCUAUCAGGGGCAUUCCCGGCACUAUCUUGCCACAUUUUGCUUGCAAUGAGGUCGGAUUCCUAGGCGCUGGGGCUGGAUUUCGCGGAUUUCGUCCACACCUAGUCCAAGAUCGUCAUGAAGCGCAGCUGGUCUUACAGCGAGGGCCAGGGUCUGUCCCUGGAUCGCAAGCCGCCAGGCGCAGCGGCGCCGCCUCCCCCUCCUCCGCCACAAUCUCGCGGUACGUCUCUCUCCCUCGCAUCGUCGGAUGCGUGCCCAUCGCCAGAUCGCCGCCGGGAAUCGCCGUCGGAGAGCGCCAGCUCUCGCGAGACCUGGCCGACGGAAAGAACAGGGGAAGAGGCAAGAAGAUUGCCGGUGCUGGUGGCGGCGGAGGCGGCGACGGUGGCCAAGAGCGAUGGCGAGAGAGAGAGGGACAAGCUCCUGAAGGAGGAAGAUCAACACGAACACGAUCACGAUCACUCCACGGUCGUCCACCAGGUGGUAAACAUGGACAGGAUCCACCUCCGCGACAUAGCGCAAGCUCCCAUCGAGGCCCUGGCCAGCCGGUUCCACGCACAGCCCGACGAGUACCUGGAAGAGCUCAAGGCGGAGCUCCGCGAGGUUCUGACCGGCAUGGGUGGGCCGAGGCAAAGGGAGGAAUUCGUGCUCCUCCAGAAGCUCGUCCAGGCGCGAGGAGAUUUGUCUCCCGCUUCACUCAUGCGAUCCCACCGGACACAGCUAGAGCUGCUGGUGGCGAUCAAGACUGGGAUCCAGGCGUUCCUCCACCCGGAUAUAUGCGUCACCCAGUCGGCUCUCGUCGAAGUUUUCUUCCACACCAGGUGCCGCAACAUGGCAUGUCACGUUCAGAUCCCCGUGGACGACUGUAGCUGCGAAGUUUGCAGCGCCAAGACGGGCUUUUGCAGCUCGUGUAUGUGCCUCCUCUGCGGGAAGUUUGAUUUCGACGUCAACACCUGCCGCUGGGUGGGAUGCGACUCUUGCUCGCACUGGACUCACACCGACUGUGCGAUGCGAGCUCGGCAGAUCACAACGGGAACCAGCUCCAAGAAGAAGAAAGGUGGCGGAGCUGCUGCUGCUCCCGAGAUGAUUUUCAGGUGCCGGGCUUGCGGUGGCACGUCGGAGCUCUUGGGCUGGGCCAGGGAUGUUUUUCGAGCGUGUUCCUCCGACUGGGAUAUCAACGAGCUCGUGCGGGAGCUGGACAGCUUGCGGCGGAUUUUCCAUGGCAGCGAGGACCAGAAUGGUAAAAAACUCCAUGAGAAGGCUCACGAGUCGCUCGAGAGGCUUCGAAGUGGGACCGAUGUGAGCGUCGUUCUCAAGGAAAUACACCGGCUUUUCCAAGAAACGGAGGUGGAGGAAGCGGAUGAUUCGAGCGAGGAUAAAAAAGUCGUGGAGCCGCAGGAGGCUUGCUCACGUAUUGCGGAAGUGGUGAAAGAGGCCGUUUCAAAGAUGGAGAGCGUGGCUGCUGAGAAGGUCGUGGACGUGAAGCGAGCUCGGCUGUCUCUCGAGUCGUGCGACAGGGAGGUGGAGGACAAGAGGAGGGAACUUACAGAGCUCCAGAUCGAGAGGCAGCGCAAGAGGCAGCAGAUUGAAGAGCUGGAGACGAUCAUCCGGCUGAAGCAGGCGGAGGCGGAGAUGUUCCAGCAGCGAGCAGACGAGGCAAGGCGCGACGCGGAUGAUCUCCAGCGGAUUGCUCUGGCCAAGUCGGAGAAAGUGGAGGAGGAGUACGCGAGCAGGUAUCUCAAGCUCCGGCUCAACGAAGCCGAGGCGGAGCGGCGGUAUCUCUUCGAGAAGAUCAAGCUCCAGGAGAUGUCACGGACUCAAAACGAUCCGGCACAGAUGGUGACAAUGUGUAAGAUACAGUACUUGCUCAACAGAUCAUCCUCCAAAAGGGACGCCACUGCCAUGGAAACUUCAGCUCCUACUCCGUGACACGCCAAAACCCAAAACAUGGAUGACCUACUCACUCAAGAACAACAAAAAGGAAAGAAAGCACAGAAUUCCUCUAAAACGUAUCAUCACCACCAUGGGCAUUUUUUAUUUCGGUGGCUCCUUUCUUUCAGGUAUGCUACUUAUACACCGUGACUCUUUUCUACUGCCAAUUUGAUUGGAUCAAACUUACCAUGUUCACGUGUGGUGAAUGGGAAGAGAAAAGGAAAUAGGACACUGAAGAAUGGAAUGGAACGCCCAGAGCUUUAAAUGCGAGCAGUUGUUUAGUAGCGUCCUCUCGCUCUCUUGAAAGCUC